AGUACAUUUUAAUUCACAUAUUUCCGGCAGUGUGUAAAUUCAAAUCGUAUGUAUGAAAACAAGGACACUUUUGUCUUGUCAAUUUUCCAUUUUUUUUUUUAUUUAAAUAUUUGUUUAAAGGAAACAAAAAAAAAUAUAUCAUUUAACAUCAUUAUAAAAUAUAUCUGCAAUUCUGUAUAAGUAUAUAUAAGAAAAAGAAAAAAAAUUAAUAAAUAAGUAAAAAGUUAGUCUAGCCAGAUAUGAUAAGAAAGACAAACAUUUUAUUCUAGUUAUAAAGUAGAGCAUUAAAAAACAAUAUAAGUCAUCAAAUUUAAUAAUAUAAUAUCUCAGUUAUUUCGUCAACUAUAAUUGACUUUUAUUGAUAAGAAAUAAAAAAAAAACUUAAUACUUGGUGAUAAUAAAAUUUAGUAAUGAUAAAAUUUAAAGCCCGGCUUUAUAAAAAAUGACAUGGAGUCACUGAUGAAUCACACAUGGUACAGGGCAAAUUGUUUGAGUUUGACGUCCCUGGUUUUGUUGAAUUAAUACAUUCUCUUGUCUACAACUGUGUCUGUGUUCUGCAUUUGUAGAAAUAAGAGAGACACACUGAUACACAGAGAGAAAGGCUACAGUAGAAUUGCUCGAGAAGAAGAGAAUAAUUGUCGUAAUACAAAGUCAUAUGUACACCAAUACAAAGGUGGGGCAAAUAUACAAAAAAAAGAAAUAAUUUUAACUUGUAUGUUUGUGUAAAUUACAACACUUCUGUGUGUAAGGAACUUUUGGUGUUAGUAUUAAAAUAUUAUUUGUCAUUAUCAUCAUCAUCAUCAUCAUCAUUAAAGUCCAGGAAUCCACCUUCUGGUAGUACAACUGUCAGUCUUGCCUUCAUGAGAGUGUUGAUUCACAACUCUACUUUUUAAUCAAGCACAAACUAAAAAGUGGAUUCAAGUGAUAGUUGAAUUAAAGAAGAUAUAAUAAUUUGUUAAAAUAAAAUAAAACCAAAAUGUUUAGUUGGUUAAAUAGAGAGGGUGAUAAACAGGAUUUAUUUGACAAUGUUACCCAAGGUCUUAAUCAAAUAUAUAAAACAAAAUUAUUACCAUUGGAAGAGCACUAUCAAUUUCAUGAUUUUCAUUCACCAAAAAUGGAUGAUCCAGAUUUUGUUGCAAAACCAAUGAUAUUACUUGUUGGACAAUAUUCAACUGGUAAAACAACAUUUAUAAAAUAUUUAUUAGAACGUGAAUUUCCAGGUAUAAGAAUUGGUCCAGAACCAACAACUGAUAAAUUUAUUGCUGUUAUGUAUGAUCAAAAAGAAGGUGUUAUACCUGGUAAUGCACUUGUUGUUGAUCCAAAUAAACAAUUUCGUCCAUUAGCAAAAUUUGGUAAUGCAUUUUUAAAUCGUUUACAAUGUUCAAUGGUUUCAUCACCAGUAUUAAAAGGUUUAUCAAUUGUUGAUACACCUGGUAUAUUAUCAGGUGAAAAACAACGUGUUGAUCGUGGUUAUGAAUUUACUGGUGUAUUAGAAUGGUUUGCUGAACGUGUUGAUAGAAUAAUAUUAUUAUUUGAUGCUCAUAAAUUAGAUAUAUCUGAUGAAUUUAGACGUUCAAUUGAAGCAUUACGUGGUCAUGAUGAUAAAAUAAGAAUUGUAUUAAAUAAAGCUGAUAUGAUUGAUCAUCAACAAUUAAUGAGAGUAUAUGGUGCAUUGAUGUGGUCACUUGGUAAAGUAUUACAAACACCAGAAGUUGCACGUGUUUAUAUUGGAUCAUUUUGGGAUCAACCAUUACGUUAUGAUGGUAAUAGAAGAUUAUUUGAAGCUGAAGAAAAUGAUUUAUUUAAAGAUUUACAAUCAUUACCAAAAAAUGCAACAUUAAGAAAAUUAAAUGAUUUAAUAAAACGUGCACGUCUUGCUAAAGUACAUGCAUAUAUUAUUAGUGCAUUAAGAAAAGAUAUGCCAAGUGUAUUUGGUAGAGAAGGAAAAAAAAAAGAUUUAAUUAAAAAUCUUGGACAAAUAUAUGAUCAAAUACAACGUGAACAUCAAAUAUCACCUGGUGAUUUUCCAGAUUUAAAAAAAAUGCAGGAAAAUUUACAACAUCAUGAUUUUAUGAAAUUUAAUCCACUAAAACCAAGACUGUUGGAGGUUGUUGAUAAAAUGUUGGCUGAUGAUAUUGCUAAAUUAAUGACAAUGAUCCCACAUGAAGAAACAAAAUCAAAUACUAAUGAACAAAUGAUUCAUGGAGGUGCAUUUGAAAAUGUUGAAGAUGUUAGUCCAUUUGGUUAUAUGAGAGGUGAGGGUGUUGAUGCUGGAGCUGGUGAACAAGAAUGGAUUGUUGGCAAGGAUAGAUACAAGUAUGAUACACUUUUUGAAAAUCUUGAACCAACUGAUGGAAAAAUAACUGGAGCAGUUGCCAAAGCAGAAAUGGUCAAGUCUAAAUUACCAAAUAGUGUUCUUGGUAAAAUUUGGAAACUAUCUGAUGUUGACAAGGAUGGCCAUUUAGAUGCUGAUGAAUUUGCACUGGCAAUGCACUUGAUUAAUGUCAAGUUAGAUGGUCAUGAUUUACCAACAACUCUACCAGAUCAUUUAGUUCCACCAGCAAAAAGAUUCGUCGAGUCAGAAAAUUAGAACAAAUUAAUUUUUCUAUUGGCACAAAUACAAUAUGAAAAAAAAAAAAAAAACUAUUUAUCUAAUUUUGCAAUAACAAUUUAUUUCAAUUCUAAUUUUUUUUUUUUUUGUUUUUUCUUGAAUGUUUUCCUUUUAUUUAAAAACAACAACUCAGUUAUUAGCGUUAUCACAAAAAUAACAGAUAAAAAUUUAUAUAUUUUGCAAUAUAAAACAGACAUCACUAAUAGCAUAAUAAUUUAUUAAAACAGCGAUUAUAUAGUAUACUAAUGAAGGAGAAAACAAAUUAUAUUUUUAUCAAGCAUUUCUAAGAUUAAAAUAAAAUUUGCUUUAGUUAGAAUGAAUUAUGAAGGAAAUAUAAAAAAAUCUACAAAUGUAUAUAUUUUGAGAAGAAAUAAUAAUGUGGAGCUUUAAAAAUGGACUGUAUACACAAAAUUUUUUAUUUUUAAUCGCUUACGCACAUUAAAUUGAAAGUAAAUUUUGUAUGAGAACCAAAUUAUCUAAAAAUAAAAUAUACGUUUAUCGAAAAAAACGAAAAACAGAGGUAAAGAAUUUAUUAGUCUGAUGAGAUUAAAAUUAGCAAUUCUCCUAGUGAAGAAAAAAAAAACUGCAUUUUUUUUGCUCAUUGUCAUUCCUAAGAAAAUCCAAAGGACCAAUUACGUUAAAAAAGAAAAUUGUCACAGAAGACUAAAUAAAUUUCAUUAU